AUGAUCGAUGACCAUGCGGCAACAUGGCAAUCCCUUAUCGCACCUGCUCAGAACAAUCGGCCAGCGAGUCAGGGCACUAUGAUCGUCGAUUGGGAUGGUAAUAUGAAGCCAAUCGUUCACUACCGAAGGAAGUCACAGGAGGAGCAGGCCCUGGCGGCACUGGAUAGGUCAUCAGCACUACCUCUGCCUUUAUCCUUUCGACGCGGUGUUCCGAACAUGGAUCCAAUCAUGACGACGCAUGAGCAGAAGCCACUGCCAUCGCUACCCAUCGACAGGCAAACCCCUGUUCGCUCUCACAUUCGGUCAGCAGAGCAAAGUCCUCGCACAUCCUCGGCAUCCGUAUCUUCUCACAACUCCUCUCGCCAUGACUCUGUCAUUUCCGAUGACCAGCCGUCACCCCGCCGCCGUCUCGACCUGCAUGUACGGACAUCUAAUGAACUCCCUACAGCCCAAGCCCCCUUAUCUUCAAAAACACCAAUCUACGAACAACAGACGUGUAUUAGGAUGAUCAACGGGAUAGCAACUUACUAUCCACCCCGCAUCUCACAAAGCACCGGUGCGUCUCGCCCGGGCUACGUCGAAGGCUAUGACGAGGAUAUCAUGGCCAAGUGGAACUUCGACGGCCAGCAGUUUAACGUGCACCGCAGUGCUGACCAACUAUUUUCACCCAUAUCCGACCACUUUGACAUUGAUGAGGAUGAGUAUAGCCAAGAAGGCGAGCCGCACGUUGAAGAGCAAGGUAUCACUGCUCUACCGGUUAAACAAGUAAAGAGGCGGAGUAGUGUUACCAAGCUGGUGGAGAAGGUAAUCUUCAAACUUGAAGGGCUGGGGCUGACGAAGAAGCUCAAGAAGGAACGGAAGAGCGACAAGAAGAAGCAGAGUUGGCGGAAGCAUGGGUAUCAUGAUUGA